GAGCAAGGAGAGGGCAGAAAGCGGAGAGAUCGGUCUAGGUUUUAUUAUGCUCAAUUUGAUCAGUGUUUGCCAAUCUAACCGGUCGGACUCAUGGUGAAGAGAAAGAAGACGUCACCUACUACCGAAGAGCACGAAAAUGGCAUGACACCGGGCUCCAGGGAGGGGAUCGGUGUCGAUGGGAGGAGGAAUCCGUCCAGAAAGCCCGAAGGUUGCGACGAGGAGGAGAGCGGAGAGCAGGCGAGCGAGGAGCGCAGUACAAAGGGAGACGACGGAGUGGAAAUUCUUAAUCCAUCAGCCACGGGUCUCAGCCCCGGUUCAGCUCCGGUCCUCCCCGCCUCUCCACCGAACCGAGCCGGGUUAGGCUCGACCCAGCAUCCCCAGACCUCAGCGGAGCCCGCCCCUCCGUGUCACGACCAGCAUCAUUUUCUCCGAUCGAGCGUUCGACCUCCGAGCAAACGUAUCCGGAAGGAUUCAAUCGGCUCGACCGUCAAUGGACAUGGCGGGGCAAAAUCGAAAGGGGCAGAGAAUGGCUCCUCUUCCCAGGGGACAGUGGGACAGUCGGGGCCGGUGGCCAACUCCACAGGGGGAGUGUCCAAGGCCUCCAAGGGCCAAGGGUCUGCUGAGAAGGAGGAACAAGCUGGUAACCAGAAGAGGGCCCGUCGACAGUGGGAGUCCUGGAGCGCAGAGGACAAAAACAGCUUUUUUGAGGGACUGUAUGAGCAUGGGAAGGAUUUUGAGGCUAUCCAGAACAAUAUUGCAAUGAAGUACAAGAAAAGAGGCAAGCCAGCCAACAUGGUGAAGAACAAGGAGCAGGUCCGCCACUUUUACUACCGGACCUGGCACAAGAUCUCCAAACACAUUGACUUUGCCAAUGUGUAUUCCAGAGUGCUGAAGAAAUCCUCUCAAGAACUGUACGGUCUCAUCUGCUACGCCGAGCUCCGCAAAAAAGUUGGAGGCUUAAUGGAUGACAAGAACGUGGCAAAGCUCAACGAACUCAUCCAGCAGGGGGCCACCACCGUACGCUCCAAAGGGAGGAACUUGCGAAUCAAAGCACCCAUGUGCCGUGCACUGAAGAAACUUUGUGACCCAGAUGGAGUGAGCGACGAGGAGGACCAGAAGCCAGUGCGUCUACCCCUGAAGGUAGCUGUGGAGCUUCAACCACGCAGUAACUACUCCUGGGCCCGCGUUCAGAGUCUAGCCCACAACCCUCGACUCAGGAUGGUGGUGGAGCUUCACAGAAAAGUCUCCAGCCUCAUUGAGUACCUGAAACAGAAGUGGGCGUACCAUGACCAGCGGAUUCUAAACAGUCUCAUGGAGAGGGAGGCUCUGGAGGGCGGCCAGUCGAGCACAGCUUCUCCCAGCAAAUCCCAGCGGGAGGAGCUCUUUCUUUUCCCAGCUGAAAGCAGCACCUUGACCACACUGCCUGGUGUGGCACGUGUGGUUCACUCCAAGGCCUCCUGCACUGUACACUGGCUAGAGAGUGGCAAGAACCGGCCUAACGCCAAGGAAUUGCCAGCUGCCCAGAUUCUGGGUAUUCACACGGCUCCACCGCUUCGGACUGGCACUAAAUCUGCACGGGGAGGCGCUACCACCACCACCGCUGCUGCUGCUACUGGUAGUGCUUCAGUGACUGUAUUGGGUGAUAGUCGUCGAACUGAGCCCCUUAACCCUGAGCCUUCACAAGACAAUUCUACAAAGCUAGAGGAGAAGAGACCUCAGUCUGUUUCUGUCCCCGCUUCCUCUCAGCAGACUGUGGCUCCUAGGGAGGAUGGAACUGGGAUGGGACCCUUUGAGGGAGGCAGGACCAGUACUGGUGUAGAGGCCAGUGGUGGUUUAGUAUUGUCCAAAAGCAUGGAGAAGUUGUGUACUGGUACAGAAAGCUCAUCGGAGCAAUGCAAAGAGGAGCAGAGCGCCAGCACCUCCUCCCCAGAGGCCAGCCAGACUCCUCCAGCCAAACCCGCAGUGGCUGGCUCAGAGGAGGGAAUGUCGCAGGGCUCUGCACCAGCCAAAGAACGGGCUGUUGAGCAGAUCAGAGAGGAGGGCUGGAGCGCCCGUGACGCAGAGAACGUCACCCUGGCUGAGCUCUACCUGAUGUUUGGGAAGCCUGGCAAGCUGCAGUUGGAGUAUGAGUGGCAGCCCAUUGCAGUUCCCUCCAGCAGCCAAGAAAACGGACAAGCCUUGGCACAGCCAAAGCCCAACCGGACACACCGUGUUUUGCGCUGCCUGCUCAAGCUGGUUGCCACUGAGGUCAAUCCUAAACCUUUGGCUCCAGAGUUGUGCUCUACAGCCACAUCGCCGCUCAAGACCCAUCAGGAGGAGCAAAACCAGGCUCUCACACCACCAGGGAAAGGUCCCAUAGCGGGCGUUCGCAGCCCCAGCUGUGGCCGGCAGCAGGCCUCUGUCCGAGGAGCCAGGUUACACCUGCCAAAUGCUGGAGCAUCAGGUGGACGCAACCUCCCCCGCUCUCUGCUGGGGUCGACUGCGGGCAGCGACUCAGAAGGCGGUGUGUUUGCGGUCCCCACCACGCUGCCCCCCAACAGCUCGCGGCACAACAGAAUGUUUUCUCCCAACAAGGAGGCUGAGCUCGCCUUCAGACAGCAGCUUGACUCUAUCAGUAUGCAGUCAGAUCUUUUCCUUUCUAGACAGAGAAAACCACGAAACAGACAGCUUCGGAAACCACUUGUUGUUCAGCGAACACUCCUACCCCGAACUACAGGAGAUACUCCGCAGCAUGUCUGCUCCUUCUCCAUCCUCUCCAACUCCUCUGCCACAGGAACCGGAUCUUUCCGGCCAAUCCACACUCGCCUGGCCCCUUCCUCCCGCCCUCCCCCGUCCAAAGCUUCCCCCGCAGCUGCCAGCUCUGCAGCGGCCAGCCAGCUCUCUAGUGCCAUUGACCUGGCAGCUAAGUCUGCAGGCAUCAUCCCUGGCAGUCCCUGUCGGGAGCUGAGUUCUCCCUCUGUUGACAACAGCCCCCUGCUCACCGCCACGCCCGUUGUUGAUGCUGAACCAGACUCUCAGCUCCUUCAGCACAACGUCCCAGAGAACGGUGUGCCUCCACCAUCUCCUGGAGUGAGCGGUGGCGGGGACUCUCUCCUCUCUCCACCCAGUGUGGCCUCGCUUCUGGACAUCUCUCUCCCUGGCCCCCCCGAAGAGGCUCUCGCCCCCGGAGACCCUCAAACACACAUCAGUGACUCCAUCAUCGAACUCGCCAUCAACUCUGCCCAUUAUGGUGAGGAGGCUGCUCUCUCUCCAGCCAAGCUGGGUAACAGUGACAGCUCCAAACUGUUGGCCUCGUCUCCCUCAGUCAGCCCGUCCAGAGGCUGGAUCCCAUCGCCCAGCCACGACCCCCAGUGGUACCCCAGCGACUCGUCUGACUCCACACUGGGAUGCCUUCUCUCCAGCAUGGUCUCUCCUGAUAAGGGCCGGCGGACCACCCUAACCCCCUCUGGCCCCUCCAGCGGCACGGCUUUGCUUGGUCCUAGCCUCCUGGACUGCAACUCCCAUGACUCCUUUCAAUCCCGUGGCCUUCCUGAUGUGGCAGAAAUGGACUCCCAGCUUGCUUGUAUGAUGAGUGAGAGCAGCGUGGACUACAUUGCUCGCUUCAAUGACCUGGCUCAGGAGCUGGCUGUGACCGAGCCCUCAAUCCCACCGCCCUGAGGAAGACCCGGCUCCACUGAACCACAGCCACCCAAAGGACACGAGUUGCCGAGUGACCCAAGGAGGGGUCUCUCCUCGCUGUCUAGACUGUCGCCACGCUGUCCCUUCUACUUUGGAGCAACGGCGGCUGUGGAGAAAUACCAACCCCCCUAAAGCCAUCCCUGCCCUGUUUGUAAAAGUGCAAUAAUAAUGGUGAACCUUGACCUUUGUUCAAAGCGAGUUUGAAACGAGUUUGUUUCACUGAACUGUUGUUUAAGGUGAAAUGCCCUUUAAAAACACUUUAGAAAAACAAAUGCGUUUACAAAAUACAACCUCAUGUACAGGAAAAUACUAUGCCAUAUCUGAACAAAAUAUUUUCACUUAUCUUUUAUGUCUCCUCCUGCUCCGUGUGUGUGUGUGUGUAUGUAUGUAUGAAUGAGUGUGUUUGUAUGUGUGUGUUUGUGUGUGUGUCUGUCGUCUACUCUCUCAGAUCAAGCCCCAAAAUGUGUAAAUCCACCAAAAUGUGCAGUUCAGAUCCCAGCUGGGGGCAAACAGCCACCGGAAGGUGAUUUUGAAAGUUAUGGCAGUGAGAAAGCGGGCGCGAGUGGUGAGAUAGUUGUUUCUAUUCAGUUGUUGCUGUGGCCUCAGUUGCAAAAGCAGAGCACAUCACAGCAGGGCAGGUUGAAGUCAAAUCCUUUGAUGCUGCCCUCCUUUUUCACGUGCUCUUGAUCGGUUCAGGUUUUACAGAUUGCAUUUUAGGAACAUAGCCUGUCAUGUGUGUUUGGAAUCAGGUUGGCAAUUUCUUAUGGUCACAUGCAAAAUGGCAGCUUUUUGUUGGUCGCUCUACAGAUGUGAACAUCUGCAGCUGCUACCCUUGAAUUUUGUGCUGAAAUCACAUUGGAGUUCAGUGUCCACCACCAGUGGCUUCAUGCAGUUUUCUUUACUUUUAAUGUAAGUUGAGAUGCAGUGGUGUUCAGGUUGGUUUGUUGCAUAACAGGUCACUUAUGUUUCACUUCCUGUUUCUCUUUUUACGUGUCAAUUAUACACCGAGACAUUUAUUUUUGGUCUUUUAAAUAAUGUUGUCGCAGCAGUUGUGAGUCUUCCCUUAGCCACAAUGAUAAAAACCAUUGCUCAUUUACUUUAGCUUUUUUGCUUGUACCUUGCACCUCAAAGAGGCAAGUCGAGUUGCUUUCAGUCAAAGACUCAACAGAGACGCCUGUAUCCUAUAAUGUGACCAACUAUAUUUCGAUUUUCAUUGACAGUCAAAUUAAAAAUACACUCCAUUUCCACAAAGUCAAGUACGAUAUAAAAUCAAACACUAAAGCCACACUCCUUAUUUCACGUUUUUCUGAGUCGUGUAGUCAGUCUUUAAUCACUAGUAAAACCUUCUGAUUGGUUGUGCUCAAAACAUUAAUUCCGCAGUGACUAGUACUGAUACAGGAGGCUAACAACACUAUGACUUAUGUCAACAUGAUUGGCUUCUAAACAUGGUCACCAUCACUUUAAUGUCAGCCCACUUUGUAUGUGAUGAAGUUAAAAGGAAAUGGAUGCUUUUAAGUUCUUUCUCUUACUUUCCACGUGUAGUUUCACCAGUGCGAUGUACUGUUGUUCACAGCAAAUACACACGUACCGUCAAACGUCAAGACUCGCUGCAUCCAGAUGUUCUCUAAAUUUCAAUUAACCAGCACCAUCGAUAUGCAGUAUUGUGAACAUUUUGCCUCAACAUGUUUAACUUCAUCUGAGUGUAAAUUGCAGGAGAGCUUUUGUUGUCGUCCCAUCAGUGGGAUUUAAAACGGUCUCCUUUAAAGCACCUUGGGGGCUUUGACUCUACAAUGUAAAAGCUCUUGUGACGUUCAUCCGUUUGUGAAAGGCAUCUGAAAAGACUUUGUCUUGUCACGCUAGAUAAGAAACAAGGAUUAUUCUUAAUAAGGAAUAAAUAGAAGGUUUUCUCUUUGAAUCUGGCAUGUUUUGUUUUUUUUUCUGUUGGAUUUAUUUGUACAAAUGUCAAUUCCAGUAUUCACUGCUCUUUUGUAAAAUAAUGUAAAUUGUUAUUUGGAGUAUUUAUUGUUAACAUUUCAGAAAGUGUUUUGUUUAACUUAAUAUUAAGAUGACAUCUAAAAAGGAAAAACCUGUUUUAAGUUUGUAAAAGGUGUUUUUAUUCUGUGUAUAAAGAUAGUUCA